CUCUUACCGACAAACUGUGCAGACUACAGCAGAAGCGAUUGCUGGUUUUUCAACUGACAAUUUCAGGUUAGUAUGAUACUAUAGUGUAAUAGUGAUAGAGUCCCUCACUCUCAUAUUAUAUUAGUAAUAGUAUUGCAAGCACUGAACAUAUAGUAACUCGUUCUUUUUAUUCAGGAACCAUCUGCUGUUAGAUUUGCCGAUAUUGCAUUCAAUAUUAUGUGAUCGGCGUCUGCUAAUUAUUUCUACAGAUUACUAUAUCACAUCUUUUUCUGAAUUACCUCGUUGGCUACGGUAGAUAUAACACCGACCUUUACUGGUCCAACCGCCGCUUGUCCUAAUAGAGACGCGCAGUGUCUCAAUUCUAUUUCAGAACCAUUCUCAGAGAUACGAAAAAGCAGUUUCAUAUUAUUCUGACACUGCAAUAGACAAACGAAAAAUUAAUUGGCUCAAGCGGAAUGCGAACUACUGUACAAGGGCGAAACUACUGGGGGAGGGCUGUGGGAGAGUAACACCCCAAAGAAAAGUCAAGAAAGAGGGCCCAACGGCCCCAGAGGAGCCCCCGGAAUGUUGGAAUUGUGGAACGUGUUAAAUAUUAAGGAAUUUUCUGAAAAAUUGAGGUCGGCAAAAAGGUCUGGAAAAGUAUUUUUAACGCCCCAUGCGCGCCAUUGUCUCAAACUAGUGUUUGGAAAAAAAUUGGGGGCGUUUUGUUUUCGGGGGGGAGGAGAACGCCACAUUCUCCGGAAAAAAAUUUGAGGGGGCCCUCUAAAUGAAAGGGGGCGAAAUGUUCGAAUUCACCCCCGCCCCCUAACCAGGUACCGCUCGGCACGGCCCUGCCGAACUCGUAUGCAUUUAGGCGUUGUGUAGAGACCUUACGAUUUUAGGACGGCAACGCGACGGCGAUGGCCAAAACAAACUCUUUCAGAUAAAUAUAGUUCACGGUAUAUUUUCAAUCGUAUGAAUUUAAUGCGUAAAUUAUUCAUAUAUUGUAAUUACUCAAUUCUUUUCAGUGGUCCAUUGUAUUGGUAACCGUUGCCGUCCUAAAAUCGUAAGGUCUCUAUAGUGUACAUUCGAAACCCGGUGCAACUUCCAUGACUGAAACUGUGACUUGUGAUGUUCAGGUUAUGAAGCACUUUCUGACGCUAUAGGAAAACAAAUGUGUUGUAAGUAAAUAAAUGAACUGAGGAAAGUCCUUCCGCGUUGCAUUCAUGACCCACGUUUCGACACUCAAGUCCAACGCCUUCAUUAUACAGGGUGUAUAAAAAAAACUGAACAGAUUUGAAAUAGCUCUCAAUUUCGCAAAAGAUCUAUUUGUAUCCAGUUUUUUAUAUAUAUAGCUUCUUUGGGUACUUAUAAUGUAGAAUAAUGAAAAAAUUUCUCAAACUCAAAUUUUGUGAACCAGGGGGGGGGGUGUCUUUUCCAGCAAACUAAAAAUGGCUCGCGCACAAAAUUUAAAAGUUGUAAUCAUAUUUUGAGUUAAUAGAUGGAAAAUAUGUUGGGUUUUUAAUUACUGUACAAAAUUUCAGACAAUUUGGUUUAGUUUUCGCCCUUUAACUAUUCAUUUUAUUCUAAAAAAUCAGCCUUUCGCAUGCUUAAUUAAUGCCUUUACCUAAUUUGCAUAUUGCUGACAUAUGCAAAUUAGGCAAAGGCAUUAAUUAAGCAUGCAAAUAGAUGAUUUUUAGGAAAAAUGUAACUUUGCGUGAAUAGUUAAAGGCCUUAAACUAUACCAAACUGUCCGAAAUUUUGUACAGUAAUUAAAAACCCGACAAAUUUUCCAUCUAUUAACUCACAAUAUGAUUACAGCUUUUAAAUUUUGUGCGCGAGCCAUUUUUAUUUUGUGGCAAAAGACACCCCCCCCCCCUGGUUCACAAAAUAUGAGUUCGAGAAAUUUUUUUCAUUAUUCUACAUUAUCGGUACCCAAAGAAGCUAUAUACAUAAAAAACCGGAUACAAAUAGGUGUUUUGCGAAAUUGAGAGCAAUUUCAAAUCUGUUCAGUUAUUUUUACACACCCUGUAUAACAACCUGAUACUGGUAAAGGGCAUCCCUGAUGAAUUUUGAAGAAUGUGAUUCGGUCCGUCAAACUUUGUCAAUUCAUUCACUUAAACCAUGCGGAGGGGCGAUUGAAAAUAUGUCCGAUAGACUUAGUAUUAAACUUCGUUUCAGUGAAAGGAUAAACUUCAGGGCAUCACAUUUUAUAAAUUAUAAGUUUCCUAGAAUACUGAGGCUAUCUUUAUCCUAGGAUAUGGGUUCUGGUUGCUCGAUUGUUAACGAUACUGAAAGUAACGUGUGGAUAGCUCACGGACUAAACUAUCAAUUUUUUGUUAAACCUUUGGAAUUCUUUCUUCCAUCUGGCCUAAGUUCAGAUUCCGUGCCGGAAAACCAUUCAGGAUGCACUAUCCAAGAGGUCCGUACAAAGCUUCACGAGGUAUUAAAAACCAUAGACGACUACGAAGAGGAAAAAAAUUAUAUGUCUUCUCUAUCAGGCCUAAGGUCAGAUGCAGUAGAAAACCGUUCGGAAUGCACUAUCCAAGAGGUCCGUAGACAGGUUCACGAGCUAUUAAAAACCAUGGACGACAACGAAGAGCAAAGAAGCUAUACGUCUUCUUCAUCAGGCUUAAAGUCAGAUGCAGAGGGAAACUAUUCGUGGGGCACCACUAUUACAGAGCUCUUUAGAAGGUUUUACGAGAAGUUAAAAAACAUGGAGGAGGAGCAAAGAAAUAAUGUGUCUAAUUCUGGUGAAUUGAUCAAACCUGGUGAAAAAUACACAUGGCGUGGUACUUUAUCUCUCCACAUGCGUGUUUAUGUUAUGAAUGAGAAGUUACAGCGUGAUGAAAAAGUAUGUUUUACAGGUGCCACUGAUAAGUCCGAGAACGUCUACUACAUUUCCAAGUAUUUUAAAAAGUUGGACGUGAAGACCGACUGAGAACUUGGUGGACUUUUACAGUUGUUGACGUUGUUGUGUAGUUUGCUUUGCAGCUUGAUAGUUUAUAUUCAGUUCAGUUGCUUGUGUUGUACUGCUUGUACAAGAUAUAUUACAACUAAGUAAAAUUAUUGUCUCAUUGACAGAAAUGAUUAACUAUGCAUGCCACUGCUAUAUCGCUACCUAUAUUAUACGAUAUGAUAUUGACUUGUUAGGCUACUUGUUAUUUUAUUGCUACGUUUAAUAUUCUAUAUUAAUCUAUUAGUUUUGCCACUUGAAACCGCUGUACGUGUAUUGACGACUGAUAUAUGGAUUAUUCAUUCAUUUUUCGCAAAGCAAUUAAAUGUAAUUUUCAAAACUAAGCAUAUAUUCCAGUUCAUCUUACACGGUUACUGCCACAGAGUCAUAUUAUCUAAAAUUAAAAUAGUCACAGAGAAAAUAUGAACACGACUUGCACUUUCUGCAUGCAUGUAUUUAACAUACUCUCAUGGAAUGAAAAAUGAAAGAAAUGGAAUGAAAAUAUCGGUGUAGAGUACACCGUGGACCAUGCACGCUCACAAUUCCCUACGACCAAUUUUGAGAUAACACAACUUUGUCAGAAAUUGCAGCAAAAUUUGCCUCGUGCAUAAUAUGGCCAAAAACGAAGCAAACUUGGCAGUAUGAAUCGAAAAGCAAUAAAUAUUUAUUGCCUGCGUUACAUCUUGGGGAAAAUCCCUCUGUUUCAUUCGAUUGCGGUGUCCGCUUGUAAAUACUAAUUGUGUCACGUACGUGAUAUGAUGCAUAAAACAUUACACCUGCAUGGUCUUAAUGUUAACAUAUGAUGUUAAUAAGGCCCCAUGCAGUUACACGAUACCGGAUUCGCAUCGGAGCGACAUCAAAUUUUACUGCUUCGUGGUAAAUUUGGCACUUAAAAUUAUGACAGUAUAACAUAAUUAAACAAAAACGUCAUAUAUGAAAAGUUGUAAUAGCAGACAAGACUGGAAAACACCUUAAAUUGAUGUCGCUCCGAUACGGUAUCGUGUAACUGUAUGGGGCCUAAAGUUUGAUCUUUUGACUUUGAUUAACGAAAUGUCCCAAGAAUGGCAAUAAAUAUAUAAUUCCAAGCUCUAUAGCUCCUCUUACAACGGACAGUAAGCACAAUAAUUCAAUGAGAAAUCUUUUUUGCUGAAUUAAGAUAAAUUAAAAAGACGAAUUACCCGCGCGGUCGCAUCACUGAAGAAGAGUCACUGAGUGUGCCUGCAAUUUCGGCAUUUCGGUAAAUAUAAUUCGGAAUUUUAUACAAAUGUGUCAACUGAGGACAAAUAUACUGCAAUACAUAAUUUUAUAAUUCUAUUCAAUACUUGCACUUUCAGUUUUGCUUUAUUUGUGAAAAUAAUGAAUUUUUUGUAAAUAAUGAAAAUCAGUGCGGGCGGUGGACGCAAUCUAUGACUUCCAUUCUCAUGUGGCAAUGGCCUAAUAAAUAAUGCAUAUACUCCAUAUAGUGCUCGUAUUAAUUUUGUACUGAAGAGAUUGCCUGCAAAGCAAAAAAUUGAAAAGCUGUGCACUGUUUUUUAAGGUAUUUAUUAUCAUUCUAUGAAAUUAUUCAACUUGUUUCACAUUUUUAAAUUGUGAAGUCUGCAUGAAGACCGACUAAAAACUUGGCCGGUGAACUUAUAGUUGUUGUUGUGUAGUUUCUUUUGUAGUUUGAUAGUUUAUAUUCAUGCAUUUGUUUGUGCCGAUACUUGUACCGUAAGAUAUUACAACUAAGAAAAAAUAUUGUGUCACCUACGUAAUACGAGGCAUAAAAAACAUUCUCUCAAUGUUAGCAAAUCUUUUGACUUCAAUUGACGAAAUGUUCCAGAAAUAUAACGAACGAAUAAAUGUCCCAUGCAGGACGAAAGUAAUCUUGGUCAGCCGUCAGCUUGGAUAUCCUCUGAUUUAACGUGGUACCGCCAGACAACUUAACGGACAGUGUGCCAAAGCAAAUAUACAACUACUGUAGUACUGAGUUACAUCAGGGGAAACUGUUAAUACGAACAUUGAGUCAAAUCACACAAGGAGAACUAUAUACGCGACACAAGUCUGGACACCUCACUCUAUUAAACUUAUGCUAAAACUUGAAAGACUUCAAAGACGUGCAACAAAAUUCAUCCUGAAUCUGCCAUUCAGUAGUUUUGUAACCGGUUAUACAUCGAGGUGACAGAAUGUCCAUCUACUGUAAAUCUGUUACUGGCGUGAAUUCCUUGAUAUGGUACAUUUCUUUAGAGUAAUUCUAGAUUCGUAGCGCUUUGUAUUGUGGUUAUAGUGGUAACACUGAUAUUCAAGAUGGCUUAUUUUUUUGUCCUGACCCGUGCAAGAACUUUUCAAAAAAGCUAGGGUCAGGUGCGCGAUAGUCGACAGCAAAAUAUUCGCGAAAACAUUCAAUAUUUUCGUUCGAAGCCGCUAUCCUUACCAGUGUUACCACUACAUCCACAAUGCGAAGCGCUACGAAAACGCACUGAUAAGGGGAAUCUAGUAUUCAUGGCCUUACUAGCUCAUGGAAUCUAGUAUUCAUGGCCUUCAAUUUUUUAUCUUGACAAUCACUAAUCAUUUUGCAAUCAAAAUGAAAGGCUCUGCCUGCUCUUCGAAAUAUCAAGAUCACUCAAAAUCUUUAAAACAUCUACCAAUCAAUAUUUGGUCAGCAACGAAUACUUUUAUAUGGUUAAUCCCUGUUGUGACGUCAUCAAAACACCGUCAAUGAGAUAAAAAAUGUAUUCAAGAUGGCGGACAUCCCAUUAUUUCAAGUGAGAAUAUUUCAAGAACUAAGCAAGAUAUAAAAAAUCAGUAUAAGAACUUAAUAUACAAUUUUAAAAGUUUUUCAAAUGAGAAAAUACAAAUUUAUGUUCAUGCCAUUUCCCUUGAAUCUGCGCUCUUUCAAGACUAUAUUGCAUUGAAUAGUUACUAUUUUACAGCACUAGAAACAUCAUACGUUUGUAAAAAUCCACGCACUUUUAAAACUGUUUGUCCUAGAUGCAAUAAGGCGAGGACUUUAACCAUCUCGAUAAACUGCUGUUUUUAGCUUCAUAGUUUCAUAGUUUCAUAGUUUGUUUGUUAUUUUGUAUUGUUUAUCUGUGUAACUGUGUAUCUGUGUAACUGUGUAACUGUGUAACUGUGUAACUGUGUAACUGCGUAACUGUGUAUAAUUGUCUUUUGCGCGCGCAGUAAUUGGUUUCCUAGACUAUUAAGGAUACGAGUAAACAUCGUAUAAUUCGUAUUCCUGUAUAGUUGUUUAGUGUUGAAACAAACAACGAACACCUCCAAACUAACCGUAUAUGCAAGUAAAAACAACCUCUGUAUAUUUCAUAACGGAAUGUUGGCUCAAAAAUCCGUAAAUUAAGAAAAAAUGAAAAUUAUAAAUAUUCUAAUGUUUUAUGUAUUUCUGCCUCCCCCUAGUUCACAUCAUGACAUUUUUUAAAGUAUAGCUUACUGCCUUCUGCCACUAUAGGAUACUGAAACAUGGGCUCGAGCUGUUCCAUUCUUAACGACACACAACAUGAUGUCUGGAUCACCAAUAGAGAAGACUGGGAAAUUUUACUAGCUGUAAUACGUGGCUUAGUCACUCUGUGUGAGAUUGGGGCCAGUGUGCUCGCUCCUUUGCAAAAUGUGGCUUCUGUGCUUGAAAUGAGCGAUGUGGCGUUGGCGAAACGUCUUAGUAUAAAUCAAAGCGAGGCUGGAAAGAUGAAAUGCGCCAUCAAAGAGUUCCAGGGGAAAGCUGAGUUGAUCAAGCCUGGUGAAAAGUACACAUGGUCUGGGACUCUGUCUCUCACGAUGCGUAUUUUUGUUAUGAAUGAUAAGUUGCAGUGUGAUGAUAAAAGCUGUCUCACAGGCCCUACUGCAGGCUCGGAAAGAGUCUACACCAUAUCAGAGCAUUUUAAAAAGCUGGACAUAUAGUAAGGAUCGAUGAAUGACUAUUCCAUUUCUUUUCCCAUUAACUAUAUAGUUACUUGAUCUGACUAUUACUGUAAAAUUACUCAUAAAAUUACUUGAGCUGAGUUUUUAGUCCGGGCAUCUUGACUUGUUGUCAAGAGAGUUCCAUAAGAGAUUUCCGUAUAGAAUUGCUUCUUGUUAAGAUGCGGAUUUCUUCAAGUAAUUGAUCUUUGGUUUUUGGAAGACUUAAACAAUUUAUUGAUCUAAAGUUAUAUGUUCUCUCCCUUCUAGUAAAUAAUCAGUUUUGAAGCUGCAGAAGUGACUUGUUAUGAUAACUAUUGCAUACUACUAGUAGUAUACUUAACAGAAUUGAUAAAAAAUUAAGGUCUCCUUGUUAGCAAGUCGUUUCACUUCGAUUGACGAGAUGUCCCAAAAAUAACAAGAAAUAAUUCUAAUUUCUCUUACAAUGAAAGGUAAGCUCAAUUCAAUGAAAAAUUCUUAUUUAUUAAAACGUCUGAAAACAUACAACUUCAAACUAACUGUAUGUAUGCAAGUAAAAACAUUCUCUACUACACACGGUGUUCCCCAAAAUGCCCCCACUAUCCUUUGUGAUGUUGCAACGUCAGCUUUGAUAGAAGUUUCAGAUUGUUAUACUAUAGAUAAAAUAAUUAGCCUAUCGUUCUAUGCCAUUGAUAGUUGACUUACGUACCAAAAUAAAUUUGCCUUCCAGAUUCACUUCAGGUUGCUACCUUAAGUAUUUAUACACCAAUGUUUCAACUUGUCUAAAUUAUAGAAAUUAGGUCAAAAGUAAUUCAGGCGAAAGUAAUUCAGUAAUUCAGAUCGAAAGUAUAACUAAUUUGAAUGAUUUAAUUUUACUAGUGAAAAAAAAUUCCCAUGAUUUUAUCUAAUUUGCAUAUUUUAGUGGACAAGUUAGAAUAUUGGUGUUGCCACUUUUAAGCUGCCUCGUACCCCGGAUAUUCCCAGAAUAUUCCCAAGAUAUUCCCAGGAUUUUCCCAGGAUACUCCCAGGAUAUUCCCAGGAUACUCCCAGGAUAUUCCCAGGAUAUUCCCAGGAUAUUCCAAGGAUAUUCCCAGGACAUUCCCAGGAUAUUCUCAGGAUAUUCCCAGGAUAUUCCCAGGAUAUUCCCAGGACAUUCCCAGGAUAUUCCCAGGAUAUGCAGUCUCAGGAUAUUCCCAUGAAAUCAGAAGAUUCGUAUGUUUCCUAUUUCUUAAACAGGGAACUUAAACAUUAAGCUAAACCUAUUACAAAUACACUUUUAAACUAUUCAAAUGAUGAAAGUUAUUGUUGACUUUUAAGCGUUUGUUAGCGGCCAUUUUGGUAGUUCCGGGUAGUUCCCACUCGCCAUCUAUUCAAAUGGGGGCAACCGCUGGAAUAUUCUUGGCUUCACUGAAUUUUACUACACAGCUAAAAACGAUAAAGUCGUUGCAAUAUUGAUGAAAACAGGACUGAUUUUAUUUAUUGAUUGAACAAUGUUGUGCGGUCCACAUUGUUCACAGUUGUCAACAAUAUUGAACAAUAUUGUUACACCCGAUUCAGGCUCAACAAUAUUGUUCAAUAUUGUUGACAAGUGUGAACAAUGACAAUAUGGGCCGCACAACAUUGUUCAAUCCAUUCCUGUUAAACAGCAGGCUCAUAUUUUUUACGCGUGUAAAAGAGAUGCGCUAUAUCUAGUGUAUAUAUGAUAUCUAUAUGAUCUUGAGCGCAAGCGGUUGGUUAUUUUGAUUGUCAAAUAGCAAUGGAUUAAACGAUAUGAUAGUUAUUUCAUUCCAUACAAAAGUAUGAAACUUCUGCUAAAGCUAACGUUAUAAUGCCUGCAUUAAAUAUAGUAGGGGUAUUUUGGGGGGACACCCCGUAUACUAUACAACGAAAUGUUAGCAUAAAAAUUAUUAUUAUUAUUAUUAUUUAAAAAUAUUUAAAAGCGGUAACCCUUCAGGGCUCAAAUAUACACCUGCUUUUCAAGGGGCCGUUUACAUGCAUCACACUAAUAAAAUUUCCUAAUAUAAUAUUACACACAUAUUAAAGCUUAGAUAAAAAUAUUAACAAACAAGUAUAUGUAUAGUACUGAAAUCAUGUACCGUCAAGAAUACAUUUAAAUUUGUUUAAGCCAAUGCCUUUUUCUUUAGCUGCAGUGGGCAAGCUGUUCCAAAGUGAUGCAGCAGAGUAACUAAAGCUCUUUUUCAUAAAGUUUGUUUCCGGCUUUUCAAGUGUAUAGUUGUUAUCAUUACUUCGCAAGUUAUACCUAUCAUUAUUUGCAAUUUUGAACAUGUUAACGUUUGUUAAAGACGAUGGCAGUGCGUCAUUUCUUAGUUUAUGCAAGAAGCUCGUCUUAUUGUUUUUGUAUCGAUUUUUAAGGGGUUGCCAGUUUAACUCUUUUAAAACGUUCUCAGAACUUA